AUGCUGCCCGCCUCGCCCGCUGCGCCGCCGCCGAGCGACGCCGCGCCGCCGCCCGGCUCCGAGACUUUGGACGUGGGCGGCUGGCAGGUCGUCGUCGCCGACGGGCACGCGGUGCUGCCCGACGGCAUGACGCACCUGCCGGACGACGCGUUCUUCAACCGCUCCUCUCUCGUCUCGGUUGCCUUCCCGCGCAGCCUCACCUCCAUCGGCGAGUACGCCUUCGCUCGCUGCGCCUCGCUCGUCUCCAUAGACCUCCCCGCCAGCCUCACCUCCAUCGGCGACUACGCCUUCCGCGAUUGCCCGCUCACCAGCGUCACCGUGCCAGCCACCGCCACCAUCAGCCCCCUCGCCUUCCCUACCGCCACCACCGUCCUCCUCCUCGCGGUGCUGCCCGAAGGCAUGACGCACCUGCCGGACCGGGCGUUUCGCGGCCGCACCUCUCUCGUCUCGGUCGCCUGCCCGCGCAGCCUCGUCGCCAUCGGCGACGGAGCCUUCUUCGGCUGUUCCUCGCUCGUCUCCAUCGACCUACCCGCCGGCCUCACCUCCAUGGGAAACUAUGCCUUCCGCGACUGUUCCGCCCUCACCACCGUCACCCUUCCCGCCACCCUCACCUCCAUCGGCAGCUUCGCCUUCCUCCUCUGUUCCUCGCUCGUCUCCGUCACCUUCCCUGCCACCCUCACCUCCAUUGGCGAGCAAGCCUUCUUCGGCUGCUCCUCUCUCUCCACCAUCAUUCUCCCCACAGCCCUCACCUCCAUCGGCGAGGGCGCCUUCUGCGAGUGCUCCGCCCUCGUCUCGAUCACCCUCCCCACAGCCGUCACCUCCAUCGGCAGCGACGCCUUCCGCGACUGCUCCGCCCUCACCACCAUCACGCUGCCGCUGCCCGAUGGCCUCUCGAUUGGCGACAGAGCCUUCGUCGACUGCCCCCUCGACGACGAAGCGAAGGCAGCAGUGCAGGCCAUCAACGUUUGGGCGGUGCGGCCUCCAAUUGACGCGCAGGGGCAUGCCACUGUGCCGGAGGGCGUCACCACCAUCGAGGGCGCCUUCCACGGCUGCUCCUCCCUCGGCUCCGUCUCCCUCCCCGCCAGCCUCACCUCCAUCGGCGAGUACGCCUUCGCUCGCUGCGCCUCGCUCGUCUCCAUAGACCUCCCCGCCAGCCUCACCUCCAUCGGCGACUACGCCUUCCGCGAUUGCCCGCUCACCAGCGUCACCGUGCCAGCCACCGCCACCAUCAGCCCCCUCGCCUUCCCUACCGCCACCACCGUCCUCCUCCUCGCGGUGCUGCCCGAAGGCAUGACGCACCUGCCGGACCGGGCGUUUCGCGGCCGCACCUCUCUCGUCUCGGUCGCCUGCCCGCGCAGCCUCGUCGCCAUCGGCGACGGAGCCUUCUUCGGCUGUUCCUCGCUCGUCUCCAUCGACCUACCCGCCGGCCUCACCUCCAUGGGAAACUAUGCCUUCCGCGACUGUUCCGCCCUCACCACCGUCACCCUUCCCGCCACCCUCACCUCCAUCGGCAGCUUCGCCUUCCUCCUCUGUUCCUCGCUCGUCUCCGUCACCUUCCCUGCCACCCUCACCUCCAUUGGCGAGCAAGCCUUCUUCGGCUGCUCCUCUCUCUCCACCAUCAUUCUCCCCACAGCCCUCACCUCCAUCGGCGAGGGCGCCUUCUGCGAGUGCUCCGCCCUCGUCUCGAUCACCCUCCCCACAGCCGUCACCUCCAUCGGCAGCGACGCCUUCCGCGACUGCUCCGCCCUCACCACCAUCACGCUGCCGCUGCCCGAUGGCCUCUCGAUUGGCGACAGAGCCUUCGUCGACUGCCCCCUCGACGACGAAGCGAAGGCAGCAGUGCAGGCCAUCAACGUUUGGGCGGUGCGGCCUCCAAUUGACGCGCAGGGGCAUGCCACUGUGCCGGAGGGCGUCACCACCAUCGAGGGCGCCUUCCACGGCUGCUCCUCCCUCGGCUCCGUCUCCCUCCCCGCCAGCCUCACCUCCGUCGGCAACGCUGCCUUCCGCGGCUGCUCCGCCCUCACCACCGUCACCUUCCCCGCCGGCCUCACCUCCAUCGGCGGCUACGCCUUCGUCGGCUGCUCCUCCCUCGCCCGCGUCACCUUCCCCGCUGGCCUCGUCUCCAUCGGCAGCUACGCCUUCCAAGAUUGCUCCGCCCUCUCCUCCGUCACCCUCCCCGCCGGCCUCACCUCCAUCGGCAGCUGCGCCUUCCUCCUCUGUUCCUCCCUCGCCCGCGUCACCCUCCCCGCUGGCCUCACCUCCGUCGGUAACAGCGCCUUCGAACGCUGCUCCUCUCUCUCCUCCGUCACCUUCCCCGCUGGCCUCACCUCCAUCGGCGACGACGCCUUCGCCGACUGCUCCUCCCUCGCCACCGUCACCCUCCCUGACGGCCUCACCUCCGUCGGUAACAGCGCCUUCGAGGGCUGCUCCUCCCUCACCACCGUCACCCUCCCCGCCGGCCUUACCUCCAUCAGCAGCCGCGCCUUCUCCGGCUGCUCCGCCCUCGCCAGCGUCACCCUCCCCGCCUGCCUUACCUCCAUCGGCGUCAGCGCCUUCGCCAGCUGCUCCUCCCUCACCACCGCCACCCUCCCCGCCAGCCUCACUUCCAUCGGUAACAGCGCCUUCGACGGCUGCCCCGCCCUCUCCUCCGUCACCCUCCCCGCUGGCCUCGUCUCCAUCGGCGACGCAGCAUUCCGCUUCUGCUCCUCGCUCGUCUCCAUCGACCUCCCCGCCAGCCUCACCUCCAUUGGCCAGGGCGCCUUCGCCGACUGCUCCUCCCUCGGCUCCGUCACCUUCCCCGCCGGCCUCACCUCCAUCGGCAGCAGCGCCUUCCUCCGCUGCUCCUCCCUCUCCUCCGUCACCUUCCCCGCCAGCCUCACCUCCAUCGGCGACUACGCCUUCCGCGAUUGCCCGCUCACCAGCGUCACCGUGCCAGCCACCGCCACCAUCAGCCCCCUCGCCUUCCCUACCGCCACCACCGUCCUCCUCCUCGCGGUGCUGCCCGAAGGCAUGACGCACCUGCCGGACCGGGCGUUUCGCGGCCGCACCUCUCUCGUCUCGGUCGCCUGCCCGCGCAGCCUCGUCGCCAUCGGCGACGGAGCCUUCUACGGCUGUUCCUCGCUCGUCUCCAUCGACCUCCCCGCCGGCCUCACCUCCAUCGGCGAAGCCGCCUUCUACGACUGCUCCUCCCUCGCCUCCGUCACGCUGCCGCUGCCCGAUGGCCUCUCGAUUGGCGACUGGUCCUUCUUCGACUGCCCCCUUGACGACGAGGCGAAGGCAGCAGUGCGGGCCAUCAACGUUUGGGCGGUGCGGCCUCGAAUCGACGCGCAGGGGCAUGCCACUGUGCCGGAGGGCAUCACCACCAUACCCAGCAUCGCCUUCUCCGAGUGCUCCUCCCUCGUCUCCGUCACCUUCCCCGCCGGCCUCGUCUCCAUCGGCGACAGCGCCUUUUACGGCUGCUCCUCCCUCGCCCGCGUCACUUUCCCCGCCGGCCUUACCUCCAUCUGGAGCAGCGCCUUCUGCGGCUGCUCCUCCCUCACCUCCGUCACCCUCCCCGCCGGCCUCACCUCCAUCGGUAACAGCGCCUUCUUGGGCUGCUCCUCCCUCGCCCGCGUCACUUUCCCCGCCGGCCUUACCACCAUCUGGAGCAGCGCCUUCUGCGGCUGCUCCUCCCUCACCUCCGUCACCCUCCCCGCCGGCCUCACCUCCAUCGGCGACGACGCCUUCCGCGGCUGCUCCUCCCUCACCAGCGUCACCUUCCCCACCGGCCUCACCUCCAUCGGCACCGGCGCCUUCUACGACUGCUCCUCCCUGACCCGCGUCACCUUCCCCGCCACCCUCACCUCCAUCGGCGACAGCGCCUUCGACCGCUGCUCUUCCCUCACCACCGUCACCUUCCCUGCCGGCCUCACCUCCAUCGACAGCGCCUUCUGGAACUGCUCCUCCCUCGCCCGCGUCACCUUCCCCGCUGGCCUCACCUCGAUCGGCAGCCUCGCCUUCGCCCUCUGCUCCUCCCUGACCCGCGUCACCGUGCCAGACACUGCCACGAUCGGCGACGAGGCUUUCGAACCUGAGACCGCCGUCUUCCGCCUCUCGCCCGCAAAGAUGCGCUGGUACGAUGCCGUGGAUCGGACUCUUGCCUUUAAGCGCUUCGCUCUCGAGCACAAGGCUGGCCUUCUUGGCUGGCUAGAGCGGGCCAACAUCAGGCUCGGCUCUUACGGCCCGGACGGCGCGGCGCGCAAGCGCGACCGCGAGGAGUUCGAGGGCGACUUUGGGCACGGCGCUGCGGCGGGAUCGUCAGGCGCAUGA